UUCUAACCCGUUGAACCUGGACGUCCGUAUAUACGCUGUUAGUGCUUGACGCUCACUAAUGCUUGAAGCUUGAGGCUUGAGGUCAAUGGUGUACAAGAAGACACCCAAUUUGGGACUAGGAGGUUGCGCAGAAUGCAUUACUUCUCUGCGCGAUGACCAGUGUGAGUUUCGUAUCAAGUCCCUUCGAAGUGUUAGAUCUCCGGACUAUCGAGAUCUUGAACAUUUCGAAGAUUUCCGUGAUCUGUGAAUCUCACUGCGAUGUUCGGAGAGAUAAUUAAUGAACGGUUUGCAUCGUGAAUGUGAGUCAAUAGAGCUGUCAUUGUCCCUUUCAGGCUAUGUGGUUUUUGCGUUACGCAGGAGCCCGCACUACAUAAUGGAAACCGACAAUCGAGCUUACCCUUCCUUCAUCGUGACUUCACAUUUUCUCGAAAUAUGCGGCAAUGUUCGCCGCCUGGCCACGCAACGACAAGUGGCUUUCAAUCAAUAUCAGGGCCAAUGGCCCUUUGACUUUGAGAUCUUUGACCUCGAUUGAAGCUCCGAUGGUCCUUUGGCCUCGCCGGGACUCUAUAUAACGACGUUCCUUAUCUGCUUCACGGUAUAGCCCCCCGCCUCACGUUAUAACUCCUCACGUUCUGAUAUACUCCAAUUCAUCUCUACCCCCCGAACUUUGCUACACACAAGAUGGCAGACUCUCGUACUAGGGCGUCUCUUCGCAGUCGGAAUCGAACAGCGUCCAGAUCCAUCUCUCCGAGCAGCAGCAAUCGCGGUCCCAAACGUAAGACUCGAGACUUCGAUGGAGACAGCAUCGAUAUCGUGGUAAAGAAGAAACAAAAACGCACAGCUACAAAGAAACAAAAGCCGAAAAAAUAUUACUGCUCUCGUGACCAUACGCCAAAAUGUUUCCCUCGAAAGGCGGAGUUCGACCGCCAUAUGACAGACAGUCACGAUCCAAACGCGAAGAGAGCUUGUGUGGUCAAUCCAGAGUGUAAGACUCGCUGGACAGAGAGACAGUGGCAUAAUCAUAAACAACACCUCAUAAACGUACAUAAAGAGGAUGUCGUAGCGUUCUGCAAGAAAUGCGGCGCGUUUGCUGGGAAGGAUCAAGCGGCGACCUUCGACAAGGAUCAUCGUUGCCCGCCACGGCCGCCACCACCGCCACCACCCGCAGAUGAAGAUGAGGAUGAUGGACAGAACCUGACCCAGGGUGUGCCCGUCGUCUCUCAGAGAAUGCGGACUCAUACUGCCAUCCACCGUGGUUCCUCAAGAGUGGCAUCUAACGCACGUGGAUCGUCUUCCAAGAUAUCAACAAGUACUCGCAACUACAAAAGCGUGUCGUCCUUUAGCUCGACUGGCUACAAUUCUCCGUCUGGUUCUGGAUUGCCCUCUGGUUCCGCGCCCUGGAAGAACAUACAACGAAUUCCAUCUCCUGGCUACACUUUCCCCGGGUAUGUGUCUAGAUCUCCUUCAGCUCCAGCAGACUACACUUUGAGACCGGCUGGCUGGGACAGGACCCAGCCUACCGAGCCUACUGAUGACGAGGGCGAGGACUACUCGCCCCCGAUCGUAAAGCAGUAUUCUCCUGCCACUGCGCCAUAUAUCUCAUUGGACGCAAGAUUGCCGGUCAGCUACGAACGUCGGUAUCCUCACGAACCUGUCGAAUCUCGUUAUCAUGUCAAACCUGGUUAUCCUGUCGAGCCUGUCGAACGUAGUUAUCUUCCCCAACGUGAAUAUCCUGUCCAGCACGGCUACUCUUCCGACCGUGACCGCCCUUUCCGUGGUGACUAUCCUGCCCGACACGAUUAUCGCCUCCAACAUGGCUAUCCUCCCCAACGUGACUAUGACUAUGGCACACAACGUGACUCUCCUAGACAACAUGGCUAUCCCACCCAACACGGAUAUCCCGCUCAGCAUAGACAUGCCGUUGAACGUGCCCCCUCACCCGUCUACGAUUCCGCUCAUUCAGGCUACCCCCGCUAUUCUAGUCCAUAUGCCUCUCCUAGUCGGCGUGAUUAUAGGCCCAUCGCUGCUCCUUUUGAGGUUCCACGGUUCCAACACUCAGAUAGGCACUAAAUGUGCGCAGAAUCUCUUAGAAAUGCGCUAGAACAAUCUCUUUCCCUGACCAAUGGUCGAUUAACGGACUUCUCUCAUCUCACAUCCUCUAUGCCACUGACAUCGUCUUCAUGCUCACGAAUUCUGUCCACUGCUAGAAUUUCAUUGUUUUUCACUACAUACUUAGCUUUUAAUACUUCAUCUAUGUCGUUAAUACAUUUCAUCUGUUCAUUUCAUGCCGGCCUUCGUGCUCGUCAAUGCCAUCACGAAUUGACCC